AUGGAUGAGUUCGAUGCAAUACCCCCCUCUGCCCUGCAAGUGUCCCAAUCUACUCGUGAUAGUGAAUCAAGUGAGCAUAAAGUUGAUGGUUCCCUUGACCGUUACAAGGCUAAAUUGAUAGCAAAGGGUUAUACUCAUACCUAUGGAGUGGAUUAUUUGGAGACCUUUGCUCCAGUGGCAAAGCUCAAUACUGUGUGUGUACUAUUGUCUCUGGCUGCUAAUUGCAACUUGCCCUAA